AUGGGACUCAGCGGUCUAGGCCUGGACCAAGCUGCUAUAGAAGGCUUCUGGGUAGACGGUUCUCCAAAACUCAUUCAGGGCGAUCUUGAAUGCAACUACUGUGCUGCAUCUCACGACGUGUUCUGGCAGCCUAUUCCACAGUGGGAUUACCCUGUUAGUGAACAACGUUGCCUGGAGUUGCAGCCUACUGUGAUUACGCUGGAGUCUGAAGCUAUGCCUCCUGGUGCCACUUGCUGGGAUCGUAGAGAAUAG